AUGACCCUUGCAGCGCACGUUGACGUCAACCAACUGAUCGAGGAUCUACGCAAGGACCCCAAGCGUAGAAAAAGUGAACGCAUAUGGACUGAGAAUGUCUCCGGGUCGAUGACCCCGUACUCCACACGAUAUGCUAGUCAUGAAGAAAUUCCUAAAUUCAAGUUGCCCGAGAAGGGUGCGCCGGCGGAGGCAGUGCGUAGGAUGUUGAGGGAUGAUCUGGAUCUGGAUGGGAUUCCAAAUUUGAACCUGGCUAGGUCGGUGAUAUACUGUACAUUGACCAAGACCACCUCUGCGAUCCGUCUGAGACAAAUUUCUCGUUUCGUCGGCACUUACAUGGAACGUGAAGCUGACGAGCUUCUGUUCGAGAAUAUCAGUAAAAAUUUGGCUGAUGCCGAUGAAUACCCGGCCUUGAUGGAGAUGCAUGCUCAUUGCGUCUCAAUGAUAUCUAAUCUCUGGCACGCGCAACCAGGAGAGCACGCGAUUGGAUCUGCAACGACUGGAUCUUCGGAAGCUAUCCUCCUUGGUGGGUUGGCAAUGAAAAAACGCUGGCAGGAGAAAAGGAAAGCGACGGGAAAAGACACCUCGAAGCCAAACAUCAUCAUGGGCGCGAACGCACAGGUUGCACUGCUUAAGUUCGCUAGGUACUUCGACGUUGAGGCCCGGAUUUUAGACGUCUCUCAGAAAAGCGAGUAUCGGCUUGAUCCAGACCUUGUCAAGAAGAAUUUAGACGAGAAUACAAUCGGUGUCUUCGUUAUUAUGGGCAGUACAUACACCGGCCACUACGAACCAGUGGAAGAGAUCUCAAGCAUUUUGGAUGAAUUCGAAGCGAAGACUGGUAUAGAUGUGCCUAUUCACGUCGAUGGUGCAAGUGGGGGCUUUGUUGCGCCAUUCACUUACGCUCAGGCUGGAGGUCCUAAAUGGGACUUUGCACUUCCUCGUGUGAAAUCCAUUAAUACAUCUGGUCAUAAAUUCGGCUUGGUAUACGCGGGCCUUGGUUGGAUCGUGGUAGGACAGUAUUACAAUUUUAUACGCCUUGGCUUCAACGGGUACCGAGAAAUCAUGGAGAAUUGCCUAGCAAAUGCUCGAUUGUUAAGCACUGCGCUCGAGAACACGGGCUGGUUCCUAUGCAUCAGCGGCAUCCAUCGGAAAAAAGGUAGCUCAAAGGUUGAGCAGACCAACGGGUUGCUGAAAUAUCAGGAAGGCGAAACAUCGGCGGACUAUAAUGCAGGUUUGCCCGUAGUGUCUUUUAGGUUUUCUGAUGAGGUUCAGCAAAAGUACCCGGAUGUGAAGCAGGAGAGCGUCAGUUUAUUGCUUCGUGCGAAGCAGUAUAUCAUCCCAAAUUACCCACUUCCACCGGUGGAGGAUAAGACUGAAACCCUGCGGAUAGUUGUACGUGAAAGUAUGUCUGCCGAUCUCAUCGACAGACUUGUAGCAGACAUCGUGGCUGUUACCGAGAGGCUCAUGGCCUCAGAGCCGGUUGAUGUGGCAGCGCUUCAAACAGGCCCAACCUCAAUCGCGAGACAGCGUAUGCUCUCGAGACAUAGUCACGUAGGGAAAGAAAAGGGUUCAAAGGGAGGAAACAAAACGCAUCACUGGAAAGGAAUCCACCGAGGCUUGUAUCGACGGUGUUAG